AAAACAAAUUACACGAAUUACCCACCCUGUUUCGGUACGCCCCUAUCUUCCUCCAUCACAGAUUCAUAGCUCAGCUCAAUCUUCUCCUCCUGCGAAUCUUAAUUACAGGGAAAGAGCAAUUUCGGAAAGAGUAAAAAGAGGCAGAGAUUUGACUAGCAGUAGCUAAAUAUGUAUCGGCCUGGGGCAGCCACCACCAACCGCGGUGGAGUACCUACUGAUAGUGUAGAUUCUGUGGUGACACUAGAUCAAGUUCCGCGUUGGAUUGAUGCAGAGCAGAGGUACUUGUACGCGAAUGAAGAUCCUGCUUUUCCUAAUACAUAUUUCCCAGAUCCUUUGGCACCUGCUUCUGGGACUGAGAGUAAUGAGAAUGGUAUCCUUUCCAAGUUUCCAGUUGAUCAUGAGGUGAACUCCAAGAUAUAUUUGUGGAGAGGGGACCCUUGGAAUCUUGAGGUGGAUGCUGUAGUUAACUCAACCAAUGAGAACUUGGAUGAAGCUCACAGCAGCCCUGGUCUGCAUGCUGCCGCUGGACCUGGUCUUGCAGAAGAAUGUGCAACACUGGGUGGCUGCAGAACAGGAAUGGCGAAAGUUACUAAAGCAUAUGAUCUUCCAGCUAGGAGGGUUAUACACACAGUUGGCCCCAAAUAUGCCAUCAAAUAUCAUACUGCAGCAGAAAAUGCGCUUAGUCAUUGCUAUCGCUCUUGCCUUGAACUCUUAAUUGAGAAUGGCCUUCAAAGUAUUGCGAUGGGCUGUAUUUAUACAGAAAGCAAGAAUUAUCCACGAGAACCUGCUGCUCAUGUGGCAAUAAGAACUGUACGGAGGUUUCUUGAGAAACAGGAGGACCAGAUAAAGGCAAUUGUGUUUUGUACAACGACGUCAGCUGAUACAGAGAUAUAUAAAAGAUUGCUUCCUCUCUACUUUCCUCGCGAUAAACAGGAAGAGGCUAUAGCCAUUACAAAACUUCCUGCAGAUGUUGGGGAUGAGAAUGGCGAGACAGUUAUAGAUGAACGUAAAAUCAGAAUAAAGCCUCUUCCAAAGACCAAAAAGGCUGUUCCAAGGGAAUCACAGACCACUCUUGAUAUCCCCAUCAAUGAUGUUGGAUUAGUAAGAAGGAAUUCGUCCUAUUUGGAUUCAUAUUUGGAUCCUACGUUUAUGUCCCUUAUCAAGGAUCCUGAUCAGCGAAGGAAGGAACAGUGGGAAAGAACUAUUGAAGAGCAAAACCGAUGGAACUGCUUUAAAAUGCUUGGAUAUGGUGACCUUGGUGGGCCUCCUCUGUCAGCUGCUGAAGAAUACUCACUUCAUUCCAGAUAUCUCGCUAAAGCGAAUUCUGUGAAUCUGUCAGACAUUGCAGAGAUGAAGAUUAUUUACCGAGGUGGGGUAGACAGUGAGGGUCGCCCAGUUCUGGUGAUUGUGGGGGCUCAUUUUCUGCUCAGAUGUCUUGAUCUGGAGAGGUUUAUUCUUCAUGUUGUAAAGGAGUUUGAGCCAUUGAUACAGAAGCCUUAUACUAUUGUUUACUUUCAUUCUGCAGCUUCUUUACAGAUGCAACCGGAUUUGGGAUGGAUGAAGAGGUUACAACAAAUUCUUGGCCGGAAGCACCAACGCAACCUUCAUGCAAUAUAUGUGCUUCACCCAACUUUUGGACUAAAAGCCGCAAUUUUUGCAUUGCAACUUCUUGUUGAUAACGAGCGCAUGCAUGUUAUUGAUUCCCAGGCAUGGAAAAAAGUUGUAUACGUUGAUCGCCUUCUCCAACUAUUCAGAUACGUUCCACGCGAACAGCUUACAAUCCCGGAUUUUGUGUUUCAGCACGAUUUAGAAGUGAACGGUGGAAAGGGACUCAUCGUGGAUCCCAGAACGAAAUAUGUUCAUCAGAGACCAUGAAACCCAAAGACAAAAACGUUAAUCAUCAGCCAUGGAAGCACAGUUAUAGCUUGUAAUUUGUUGGUUUUCAUUUUCCUUUUCCAAUGUUUAGGUGAGGUUGCAAAUUCUUCUACUUAUUCUUGUUCCCCACUAAUUUUUGUGAAAUAUCAUUUUUAUUUCUUCUUCCCUGUAAUUCUAUUGUUUGAGGAACAAACAGAAACAGUCUCUUGUAUUCAAAGGCAAUAAUUUCCUGUUUGUAUCCUAUCCCCCUUUGUGUAACUUUGUAACAGUACCCAAUAAUUUCUAGUCUGAUAAUGACAAAUUUAUCAGUUUGUUUCAUCUAA